AUGAGCUUCCUCGCCAAGUUCAAAGACACAGCACAGAAGGUCGGCGUGCAGGCUACGGCGUUCGGACAGGCGGUGGCGCAGGAGGCGCAGUCCGGGUCUGCCAAAGCGAUGACCAGCUUCAAGCUCGAAUCCGAGUGCACGAAAGCGGCGCGCAUCUUGCAGUCCUUCCUCGCCGACCCCGCCCAUCCCGAGUCGGCACUCAACUCGAUUCCGAAAGAGGUCUUGCACAGGGCGAAAGGAUUCGCCAUCUUCACCGUCCUCAAAGCCGGUUUCGUCUGGUCAGGCAAAGCCGGUUCGGGCGUCGUCAUCGCCCGCCUGCCUGACGGGACGUGGAGCGCGCCGAGCUGUAUCGCGACGGGCGGCGUGGGGUUCGGUCUGCAGAUUGGGGCGGAUUUGAGCGAGUUCGUCGUCGUCCUCAACUCGGACGAAGCCCUCUCAGCCUUCGCAAAAGGCGGCAACCUCACCAUCGGCGGCUCUCUCGCCGCCGCCGCAGGGCCCAUCGGUGUCGGCGGAGCAGUCAACACGGCUAUCUUGAACCCCGCGCCGAUGUUUACGUAUUCGAAGAGCAAGGGGUUGUAUGCGGGUGUUAGUUUGGAGGGGACGGUGUUGGUGGAGAGAAAAGACGCGAACCAGGCGUUCUACGGGCAGGCGAUUCCCGCGCUCGAGCUCCUCAGCGGCAAGGUCCCUCCACCCGAAGCUGCCUCCGCCCUCUACGAAACCAUCGAAGCCGCAGAAUCGAUCGACGAGUCUGGCCUGCCUCAACAGGCUUAUGUCGUGCCCGAGGGGACGGUCGGUGCGACUGCGCCCCUUUCAACGGCGGGACAGGCACCGGCGCAGGGAGGGCAGGGUGGACAGAAGAUCUUUGAUGCGACGGGGGCGUGA